AUGUACGUGAAAAAUUCCCUCGCGAAACGUCGACGUGUCACUUUCCUUAAACGAGUUCCCCCGCAAUUACACCCCAAUCACCCUCCGAUUCUCGAAACGUCACCAUCACCUUUUCACGCCUCACUUAACCACGCGCCACGUUUCGCCCUCGCAAAAUCCAACACCCUACCCCGGAAUCACGUUCCCCUGCCACGUGUCGUUUCCUCACCAAGCGGCACCACGCUCUUGCGUGCCUCGAGAUUCAAGCGAUGCAAAACUAGAGAUUCGCGCUCCCUCACUCUCCGCCACGUGUCCCUCCUCCCCUCCCCUCACCGUUCGCCACGUGGCACCCUCCGAACCUUCUAUAAACAUAUUCUCUUUCUCCGUUCCUCGAUAACAAAGGAUUUAGCGGUGCACCCUUCGUUAACGCUCCCAUUACGUGUCGCUAACCGCCAUCCCCGCCUUCUCCGCUUCUGCCACGUGUCCCUCCGUUCCUCUUUAAUAAAAUUAAUUAAUUCUCCGUUUUUUCUUUCUCAAUAG